CCGACUUGUCGAUCGAUUUCGACCGGAACCCCGACCUCGUUGACCCCGGCUCGACCUCGCAGCCGCCGGAUUACGGGACAGGAAGAGACCACUCACCGGUCCACCAAUCCGUUCGCCGAGCUCUGAUGGGGGGCGCCGCCGAAUUUCCCCAACGCUCAUCCUCCCCCCUCAAGCGCCGGGCAUCCAGCAUGGAACCAGAACAGGAUGCCGUGGAGGCGAGGGAGGAUGUGGACAUGAGCACAGUUCCGGAUUCCCAAGCGACGGAAACAGCAGAGGGGUCGAGCGAAGGGCAGGCCCCGAACGGGAUCGGGGAAUCCCAGGAGCCCGCGACCUGCACCAGGCCGGAGCUGCCUCUGCGGACUGACAUCCCCCCGGUCGAGCAACAAAUCAAAACGAUGGAGACCCUCGUCAGCGCUUUCGCCGAGACACCCGUAAAGGAGGGCGAUGAGGCAUACCUUGUAUCUCGCCAAUGGCUCGGUAGGGCCCAGGCCUUCGGCUCAGACACGAAGCACGCAAGCAAGGAAUCUUCCGAUGCGUCACUCGGACCCGUCGACAACUCGGACAUUAUCCAAGCCAUCUUCACGGAUUCUGCCGGCGAGCUCUGCGUCAAGCUGAAGCCGGGCAUGGGCACCGAGAAUUUCGAGCUCUUUCCGAAAGACGCGUGGGACCUCCUCCUGUCAUGGUACGGUUUGGUCCCGGGGCAAUCACCCAUCAUCCGCCUAGCCCACAACACAGCCCCUGAUGCCGUGAGCAUGCCGACCAUUCAAUUCGAGUUCCAUCCUCCGGUGUUUACUAUCCACCGUUUAUGGUCCGCGAAUAGCCCUAUUCCGAUCGAACAGGAAAUCAAGCUCAAGAAGCCUGCGCCUCCUGUCAUAGUUCAGAGUACUUCGUUUGGUUACCACAACUUCUUGAAGCAGACCAAGCAGCUUGCCGGCGUGGCGACCGACAAGAAAGUGCGCGUAUGGAGGAUACUGCAGACCAUCCCGGCCACAGAUCCCAGCUCGGAGCCGUCAGGAAUCAAGACCCCGCCAGACUCGCCUGGCCGUGAUGCCGGAAUUCUUACUGGCUUCCCCUCAAUCCCGGGGGCCUGGCCAGAAAUGCUUGUCGAUGUGGACACAUUUCUAAAGCUUGAGAAGGACGUUGAUCGUGGCCUGGUGGAUGCCGAGGAUACUACUACCAACGCCAACUACAACGGCAGGAAGAGUCUGGCAUUAGUAGGCUUAGCCGUUGACCAGACUCUUGUUCUAGACGAGCAGAUCGACCGCGAUGCCCACGUCUCCACCUACAGGGGCAGCGCCAUCAAGGACAAGGCGCUGGCAACUAGGGGCAGCUCAAACGGCCUCAUGGCGGUGCGCGGUAGUGCGAGCGGGCGCAGCAGCCCUGCACCUCAGGGGGCGUUGACUAGAGGUCGGGCCCAACAGAAAUCAGGGCGUACUCUGGGAUGUGUCGGUCUGCAAAACCUAGGCAACACCUGCUACAUGAACUCGGCUUUGCAGUGUGUGAGGAGUGUCGAAGAGCUCACAAAAUACUUCCUGACGCACGAAGCGCACAAGGAAAUCAAUCCGGAUAAUCCCCUCUCGCACAAUGGCGAGGUCGCCGCUGCCUAUGGCCGCUUGCUAGAGGAGGUCUACAAAGAUCCGGCACCGGGCUCCAUUUCUCCUAGGCACUUCAAGAGCAUAAUCGGGAGGUAUGCACCCGCUUUCUCUGGGUAUGGGCAACAGGACUCGCAAGAGUUUCUUGGCUUCCUCCUCGACGGUCUCCAAGAAGACUUGAACCGUAUAAAGAAGAAGCCGUAUAUCGAGAAGCCCGAUUCUACUGACGAGAUGGUCAACAACCCGGCCGCGGUCCGCGAGAUGGCCGCAAAAGUUUGGGAUAUCACCAAAAAGAGGGACGACUCUGUCAUUGCCGAUCUAUUCACCGGCAUGUACAAGUCCACCUUGGUGUGUCCCGUCUGUGAUAAAGUCAGCAUCACCUUCGAUCCUUUCAACAACCUUACCCUCCCGCUCCCGGUGGCCAACGUCUGGUCCCACACUAUAAAGUUCUACCCUCUCAAUGACACACCUGUCGAUAUGGUAGUGGACCUCAACAAGAACAGCAGCAUCAGAGCGAUGAAGCAGUACAUAUCCACGCGGAUCGGUGUCCCUACGGAGCGCCUGUUUGCGGGCGAAGAGUUCCACUCAAAGUUCUACAAGCUUUACGAUGACGGCUCUGCGGUUUCUGACGAGAUCCAGGCUAGCGACGUCGUCGUUGUGCACGAGAUUGAAGCAGCCCCCACCAACACCUCCGGGGCCAAGAAGAAGCAGGCCAAGAAGGAACGACAGAGGUCACCGUCACAAGAGCCGGACGAGUCGUCUCCGAUCGAUGAUCCGAGGUUGGAGCGCAUGCUCGUCCCAGUCCUCCAUCGGAUUGAGCCAUCAGAACCUUCCGUUAAAAGGCGUUUCGGGCGCAAGAAUGCAGAUAUUUCUCCUCCGCCGCACUUCAUCAUCUUAACGCCCGACGAAGCUCGCGACAUGGAGGCUAUCCGCCGGAAGAUUCUCGAGAAGGUUGCCACCUAUACCACGUGGUCCCAGCUCUCGUCACCUCCCGAGGAUCCGGACGCCGCCGAGGCCACCGACUCGGAAAUGGUUAACAACACAGCAUCAGACGUAGACUCCGCGGGCGAUUCUAAGAUCGUUGCCAAGUCGGUUGAGGGCGAGGAUGAUAUGGUCGAUGUUACCAUGCGUGAGGCUUCCGAUACACGGAACGCCUCUGCUACCGCGACAACCGAAGGAUCGCCGCAGCUACUGCGACAACUCAACCACAGGCGGCCCAAGUGGGUCAACCCUCUGGAGUUCCUGGAGCCGGAGCUACAAAACCUGUUUGGCUUGAGCUACUUCGCCGAGUCAGAAACACCCGUACCAACUGGCUGGAAUUCGACUACGGACGAUGGCCUCCUGCCUCCAUUGAGCUCCAGGCAACCCAAGGUGGCCGCCUCGGACGUUGAGAUGCGCAGUCCCGAGCCGCUCGAUGGCUCCGACGACAGUGGAAGUGAGAGGUCGGGAAAACCAUCCACUUCCGUCGUCACUCGGAUGGCUGAGGAGUCCAGCGACGACACUUCAGACUCCUCCAAGCGCAAGCUGCCAGCGCGACCCAACCAAGUAAGCGGUCGCGGCAAGAAGAAGGGGGGGAGGCAAAAGACUUACGGUAAGAAGGGAAAGAAACACUUCGACAAGCAGCAACGUGGUGCCCGUAUCCGGCAGCCGACAACGCAGUCCCCGAUCGAAGCCGAGGAGCCCCUCCCGAGUGGUGCCCUGAUUGGCUUGGGCGAGGGCAUCAUGGUUGAAUGGAGCGAGGCUGCCUUUGACCGUGUCUUCGGUGGCUUAUCGCUCAACGACGCGCAAAACAUGAAGACGUACCUCAAGGCGCCAACAUUGGAGGACCCGACUCUGCAGGCUAAGCAAAAGGCAAGGCAGCUGCGUAAGAAGCACGGCAUCGCCCUGGAUGAUUGCCUCGACGAGUUCGAGAAGGAAGAGAUCUUGUCAGAGCAAGAUACCUGGUACUGUCCUCGCUGCAAAGAACACCGCCGCGCCAGCAAGAAGUUCGAUCUCUGGAAAACGCCGGAUAUCCUAGUCGUCCAUCUGAAGCGCUUUAGUUCGAGCGGUUGGAGGCGUGACAAGCUAGACAUUCUUGUUGACUUCCCGGUUGAAGCGCUCGACUUGACAAAGCGCGUCAUCGAUAAGGAGGGUGGCAAGGAGGAGAUCUACGACUUGAUCGCCGUGGACGACCACUGGGGCGGCCUGGGCGGUGGCCACUACACAGCAUUUGCGAAGAACUUCGUCGACGGCGAGUGGUACGAGUACAAUGACGCCUCCGUUACCAAGCAGAGAGACACGGCUCGGAUGGUGACAUCGGCCGCGUACCUUCUGUUUUACCGCCGCCGCUCGGCUGCCCCCCUGGGCGGCCCCAGGUUCCAAGAAGUUCUCGACCGCUUCAACCAAGAGAGCCCCGAUGACGGCAUGUCAGAGUCGGGGGAAGGCCAGCGUCUCGGCCAAGGCUCUUCCCAGCGUGGAUCGCCGAGCGCUUCAGUCGGAGCAGGUCUAGCUCACCCUCGGGGUAGCCGUGGUUGGGAUGACAGCAGGCGCGCCGGGUCAGAGCGGCCGUCGCACCGUGUCGGCGACGACGACGCCGACAUGAGCACGACGUGGAGCAACCAGGACACCCUGCACAAUAGCAUCGAGGGUGACGGCGAAGACGAAGGCAUCGGCCUCUCGGACGACUUCGACACCCCCGGCAUGGCCGGCAUGACGUCGGUCAUCGGCCCCAGCAACUGGACCUUCGACAACCUCAUCGAGACCAGCAAAACCGGCUCGACGUCGGCCAUCGGCUCCAGCAACUGGACCUUCGACAACCUCAUCGAGACAAGCAAAGCCGGCUCCGAAGCCGGCGGCGGCGGCGACGACGACGACGACGACGACAACGACAUCGCCAGCGACGUCGCGCAGAACGACGGCUCGUCGGUCAACGGCGAGAUGAGGGAGAUGACGGACGUCUUUGACGACGCGCCCGGCAUGGAGCACCUCCUAGACCAGCGCGAGCCCGGCGCCGACUACGUCGAGCCGCCGGAGCCGACGUACAUGGGCGACCACGACGACUACCGCCUCCCGCCGCCGCCGUCGGCCGACGACCAGGACUUCAUCAUCAAGCUGGCCGCCCAGUCGUGGGUCAAGCAGCAGAUCCACACCGUCCCGCCCGUCGCCGAGAGCCCCGUCGAGGAUGACCGGGCCAGUGAUAGGGUGGCUGAGAUCCAUGUCGAGGACGCGGAGGGGCCCGCGGCUGAUGCGGAUGCGGAUGCGGAUGCGCGCCCCGCCGCCGCCGCCGCGGAGAAACCGUCGGCUUAGUGGUGCGGUGGUGGCGGGAUGGUGCCUGUGGAGCCAGCGGCUGGCCGGGAGGGUUGUCAUGGAUGGCCUUCAGGUGAGAGGGUUACGCUUUGAAGGGGGCGGGCUUGGAAGCGAAGAGCGGUGGGUGGUGUCGUGGCUGGUCAUGUGGCGUUUAGGGUUUUGUUAAUUUUGCUUUCUU